CAGGCACAACUCGCGCCGAGCUGCGCCCGCGCCAUUCAGCCACCGCUGCCCGCCAACCGCGGACGUUCGCGCCACUUUUUGACAGCUGUCAAUUUUACCGCAACUUGUUAUCGCGAGUGUAUUGUAUUGACAUUUUUUGAAUCUCUAUUAUCUGUGAUAUCAAGUUUGUUGAUUGUUUGGAGAUUUUUUGUGACACGUAAGAGAUGGCCCACAUGGAUCACAUGGAGCACAUGGAUCACAGCGCGCACCACCACGUGCCGGACGACGCCGGGCACGACGACCCCUGCGCGCACGCAGGACACGGACACGCCAUGGUGUUCCACUCGGGGGUCUGCCAAGAGAUCCUGUUCAGCGGGUGGAUGACCACGAACGCACUGGAGCUGUUCGGCUCAGCGCUGGCCAUCUUCUUCGCGGGAGUGCUGUAUGAGGGUCUCAAAUACUUCCGAGAGGCCCUGCACGCUAGGGCUUCGGCGUCUACCGGAGACUCCAGGGUUAACAUCACGAAGAGCGAGUGCGGAGCCAACGGGCCUUGCGGGGGAACUGCUGUUGUCAAAUACACAAUGCUGUCAUCAGGCCACGUGAUACAGACGCUGCUCCACUUCCUGCAGUCCACCGCCUCCUACACCCUCAUGCUGGUGUUCAUGACGUACAACGUGUGGCUGUGCCUGGCGCUGGUGCUCGGCCUGGCUGUCGGCUACUUCUUCUUCGGCUGGAGGAAGAACACCGUCGUCGACGUCAACGAGCACUGCCAAUGAUGCCCACCACCCCGGAGUGGCCCCAGACCUUCCCACAUCAAGAGAUUCUAUCAAAAGCUGGUUGCACUCGUCCGUCGUAUAACUAAAUUCAGUCGCGUGCGAUUUAGUCGCAAACGUGUAGCCGGCCUUAGUAUUGGUCUGUGUUUACUCUAUUUAAGUACAUAUUUCUUCAAAACAUGAGGGUGAAUAAAUUACAGUACCUGCCUACAGGAUAACGUAUUAUGUGUGUCUGAAAGAAAUUGAAUGAAAACAGAAUAAGAUUUGGCUGUUCAACUUUGUUCAAUGUUAUAUUUAACAGGAGAUGUUUUCUUUGUCUGCGUUUGUCUAUGCUGUAUAUCUAUAUUGAGCUCUAUGACUGCGUACAGAGUUCUGCAUUGAUAAAAUCGUUAAAAUGACAUUGUGUACGGUCCAUUAGAUUAAGUGUUGUUAGAGAUAUGAAUUUAAUUGACUUCGGCCUUAGACGAAUUUGUUUGUUUCGUGUCCAAAACAAAAAAAUAAUAUCGCCAUCACGACUUUUCCUACUCAAUAUGGCUGCUCUUUGUAUCAAUUUUUUUUGUAUUCGCUGUUUUAGUAUCUAAGUAAAUAACACUAAAAUAGGAUUUCACAUAUUUCAUAAUGAUAUUAGGACACAUUAUGUAUGACAUGACAUAGGAAAAUAAAGUUAUCGAGAAAACUCCCUUGCAGCAGCUUAUUUGAUGUUUUUGUACAAAAUAAAAUAAGGGAUAUAUAAAAUGUUUGUAGGUAUGUGAUAUUCAGUUAAUUUAUAAUGAUAGAAUUAUAGUUAUUUUAUAAUAUUGUGAUAUGUUUAGUAAAAGUUAAGUUUAGUGAUGCUCAAAAUUGUUAUAUUUAUCCACGUAAACCGAUCCCUGAGGAUAUGUAUUUUACUUAUUCUUCAAAAAUAUGCAAGAAAAUCUCGUAAUCUACUUAGCUUGACUUUCGUGUAAGUAAGAGGUAUUGAUUGUAUUUUAGAAAAUAAAAAUAAGACAAUUACGUAAGUUAUAAUUACUAUUUAAGCAUCAAUAGUUUCUUGCCAUGUCUGGUUACACAUUGAAAUAUAAAUAAUUACAUAAAGAACAA